UCAAUGCAAACGCUACGCUGAUGCCGCUGCUCUCCGGGCUCGGCAGAUGAUGUGGGGCACCAGUACUGGGCAACUCUUUCUCCGAGAGUACCGUGAGCAAGUGGUGGCCGAUUUUACGCGGUCACCACAAUAUUUGAAGGAUGUGCAAGAUUUUGGGGUAGACUGCUUCCAGUUUGCCCUUCAGAAGGCCGGCGAGCAGAUCGCCGAGGACGAUUUUGAGCAGCUUGACCCUGGGGCUAUCUGGGAGGCCUUGCCCAAGGUUCCUUCUAGCUUCCAGGGCGAUCCUAACAUACCCUCUGAGCAUGAGUGGUCGUCGAGGCUACUUGAAAGGACUCUGGCUCGAUCAGAUAUCCUUAAGAAAACUUAUGCUCUGCCUGAUGGUCUAACUCCCCCAGCCUCGAUGUUGGCCGUGCUGACCGA